AUGCCUCUGCCCGGCUCGGGCGUCCAAACCGGCGAUCUCACCUACUACACGCCGGCACAAGGCGCGUGUGGCUUCACCAAUGAUGAGAACGACAUGGUCGUCGCCAUUGCGCACAAGCUUUUUGACGCGGCAGGCAAUGGCGAUGCCAAUCCGAACAACAACCCUCUGUGCGGGCGCAAAAUCCGCGUCGAGCGCGACUUUGUCGAGACCAAUGCCGGACGGCGCAGUGUAGACGUGACCGUCGUGGACCGCUGCACCGGCUGUGAGCCGACGGAUUUGGAUUUGAGUCCUGCGGUCACAGUGCACUUUUCCCGCUUUGAAGUGACGCGCAUCUCUCUGGACCCAUCGGCCCUGUCACAAUUCGAGACGAACGGGCCGAUACUUUCGGCAGCGCGCCUGCUCGCGGAUGCACACGUCGACGUGAUCGGCUGGUCAGGCACAUCCGGGGGCUGGCUGGGCUUUGACGAGGACGAGCGUCUCUGCGCCGCCAUCACCGCUGCGACUGGCAUCCCCGCGACCACGUCCACACUUGCGCUGAACCAUGCGCUAGACCUCCUCAGCGCAAAGAGUUUUGCUCUUGUCACGCCAUACCUGGAUGACGUACAGGAGCGCAUUCUAGCCACGUACGAUGCAGCUGGCUACAAGGUGGUGGCCGAGAGCCAUCUUCGGCGAUCAGAGAAUGUGAAGUUUGCAGAGAUUGAUGAGGACAUGCUAGAUGGCCAGGUGGCUGACGUGAUCGCGAAGGGAGAGGGGAAGGUGCAGGCUAUCUCGACAUUUUGCACUAAUCUGAGGGCUGCGCACAGGGUAGAGAAGUGGGAGACUGAGUACGGCGUGCCGGUGCUCGACACAGUAGCUACGGUAGUCUGGGAAAUGCUCCGAAUGAAAGGAGUAGACACAAGAGCGAUCAAGCGAUGGGGUAAGAUUUUCGAGCUAUGA